AUGGAGCACCAGGCAUUAACUCCUGCACGUCAAUGUGAACCAAUCGCCAUCGUGGGCAUGGGAUGCCGACUACCAGGAAAAGCUUCAUCCCCAUCCAGACUGUGGGAAUUGCUCGUCAGUAACCAGACAGCCCAUUGUGAAGUUCCAUCGGAGCGCUACAAUGCAGCAUCAUACUAUCACCCAGAUGCUGAACGACCAGGAAGUAUCAAUUCGACCGGUGGAUAUUUCAUCCAGGAGGACAUUCGAGCCUUCGAAAAUGCGUUCUUCGGGAUCAACAACCUCGAGGCCAUGUCCAUGGACGCCCAGCAAAGGAAGUUGCUCGAAGUGACAUACGAAGCGUUGGAGAAUGCUGGUGUGCCGUUGGAAAAGAUCCAAGGCUCAAACACCGGUGUUUAUAUCGGCAAUUUCACCAACGAUUUCUUGAACAUGCAGUUCAAAGACCCAGAUUCCUUUUCCCGGUAUAGUGCCACGGGAUUGGCGCUGACAGUGCUGGCGAAUCGGCUUACACAUAGUUUUGAUCUGCGUGGCCCAUCCCAUGUGGUUGAUACGGCUUGUUCAUCGUCCUUGUAUGCGCUGCAUUCGGCUUGUUUGGGCCUAGAUGCCCACGACUGUGACGCGGCCGUGGUGGCUGCUGCCAACCUCAUCCAGUCUCCGGAGCUGCAGAUGAUUGCCGUGAAAGCGGGAAUUUUAUCGCCAGACUCGAUGUCCCAUACCUUCGAUGAAUCAGCUAACGGAUAUGGUAGAGCGGAGGGUGCGUCAGCUGUGUAUCUGAAGCGGCUCAGUGACGCACUGAGGGAUGGAGAUCCCAUUCGCUCGAUCAUUCGAGGAACCUCUGUCAACGGGAAUGGACGGACGCCAGGGAUUGUCCAGCCCAGUGUGGAAGGCCAAAAGGCCGUCAUUCGGGCGGCAUAUCGUCGGGCAGGUCUGGAUCUGGGGGAAACGGACUACGUUGAAGCGCAUGGGACCGGCACCAAGGUCGGUGAUCCUAUGGAGGUCGAGGCCAUAGCCGAUGUUUUUCGUCAUCGGACAGGACGACCGACCCUCAUUGGGGGGAUUAAGCCGAACGUUGGUCACAGCGAAGGAGCUAGCGGCCUUUCAAGCCUAAUCAAAGUUACGCUAGCCCUCGAGAAUGAGUUACUGCCUGCGACAGUCGGGGUUAAGACGAUCAACCCGAGCAUCAAAUUAAAGGAAUGGAACGUGGACAUUGUUACUGCUAAUCAAGCGUGGCCGGUAUCUCGGGUCCCGCGGGCGUCAGUCAAUUCGUUUGGUUUCGGAGGCUCAAAUAGCCAUGCUAUUCUGGAGGCAGUGCCGAUGGAACUAUUGACCAACAGCUGUAGAGAUCCGCCAGUAGGCGAAGAUGCAGAGAGGCUCUAUCUGCUGCCUCUUUCGGCCCGAUCUGAGACAUCCCUCAAACAGAUGGCUGGUAACUUGGCUGAUUUUGCUUCCCAAUCAGCACAGCAUAUUCAAAUCAGUGAUCUGUCCUUUACGUUGAGUUCUCGUCGCUCCAAGCUGGCUACUCGUGGCUAUUUCGUCGAAUCCCAGGCGAGCCUGGAUAAGGGGCUCAAUAUGGCGAGCCUGAAACUGAGAGAUUCUGACAGUGAGGGACCAUUCCCGUUGGUCUUUGUUUACACCGGGCAGGGCGCACAGUGGGCUGGAAUGGGCAAAGAGCUUCUUAGCCAUAGCCACGUGUUUAGGAAGACCAUAGGCUACCUUGACUCUUGCCUCCGAGCCCUUGAUUCAGACCAUGCGCCCGCCUGGACACUGGAGGGUAUUCUGCGAGGUGGUGAAGGCUGUGAUAUUGGCGCUGCAGAAAUAUCACAGCCCUUGUGUACAGCAGUACAAAUAGCGCUGACGGACUUACUCAAUGAUUGGGGUGCUCUGCCAGAGAUAGUGACGGGUCACUCCUCCGGCGAAAUUGGAGCAGCGUAUGCGGCCGGGGCUAUCGAUGCCCGGCAAGCCAUUCUUGCCUCAUUUUUCCGCGGAACUGCUGUCGCCGAGGACUAUACCGAAGGUUCCAUGGCUGCCGUGGGACUUGGAAAAGAUCAAGCGCAGGCGAUAAUCGAGGAAUGUGCGUUGAGAGGGUCUGUUACCCUCGCCUGUGCGAACUCGCCAGAGAGCACGACCGUGAGUGGUGAUGCAGUGGCCGUGGAUAAGCUUCUUAAGACACUCGAUGAAAAACACAUCUGGGCUCGAAAGCUAAAGACCGGAAAUAAAGCGUACCACUCGCACCAUAUGAAGAUUCCGGGGCCGAAAUAUGAGGCUUUACUCAAACGCUAUUGGCAUACGGUUAAUGGAAGACACGACAGCAAUGGCACAGUGGAUGAUCUCACGUCAUCAGUGGUCAUGAUUUCUACCGUGACUGGUGAGCCGGUAAGUACAAAUCAGGUCGGGACGCCCACAUACUGGCGUACAAACCUCGAAUCUCCAGUGCGGUUUGACGAGGCUAUUAAAACUAUCCUGGCGCGUGGCAGUUACCAUCUGGUAGAACUUGGCCCGCACUCAGCUUUACAGCUCCCUAUCAAGCAGAAUGCCUCGACACUUGAACAGAGUCGCUAUAUCUAUAGUUCCUCUCUCAUCCGUGACCAAGAUGCUUGGUUGACCACCCUUCAGCUUGUCGGUUCACUGUUUUUGCAUGGACACGAUGAGCUUGAAUACCACAAGAUGUUUGCGGAUAGAUCUCAGUCCCGUGUUUUGGUUGAUUUGCCUCCUUACCCCUGGGACUACAGUUCUCCCACCCUGUGGUCUGAGCCUCGCGCCAGUAUCGAAGUACGUCACCGCAAAUACCCUAGGCAUGAUCUUCUCGGAUCCCAAGUGACGGGAGGGAGCACCGUAGGAGUGACGUGGCGAAAUGUACUGAACCUCAAUGAAGCCGAAUGGCUUACGCAUCAUUGCCUUGGCCCAUCGGUGGUAUUCCCCGCCGCUGCAUAUAUUGCGAUGGCAGUCGAGGCGAUGUGUCAGGUUGCAGGUCUGCAGCUGAAAGACUGUCCUGGAGUGGAACUUCGUGAUCUCAACUUCAUCAAAGCUCUCGAUAUGGACCCCGAACAAAAGCCAACGGUGGAGAUAUUUUCCGAGAUGCGUUCGAUGAAGAUUUCCAACCUGACGAACUCAGAUAAAUGGUGGAGAUUCGGUGUUAUCUCGAUCGACAGUGAUUCCCAGUCGACCUUGCAUAUGAACGCGGCUGUUCGACUAGCAGAAACCUCGCCACGCACAACUCGACAGAUUAACCUUGACAAUUCAAAGAUGCAACAGGAUGCGGUCCGUGUCUGGUAUGACAAGUUCACCCAAGAAGGGCUCAACUGGGGUCCCCGGUUUGCUGUCAUGGAGGAGGUAUUCCGAGAUCGCGCGCGCACAGCGCACGUAGCAGCAGCCACUACACAUCUCCAGCGGGGAGAAGCGUUUGGUCAGUACAUUGCGCAUCCGAUUUCCAUAGAUGCGAUGCUACAAACGGCUUUCGUUGCGACUACUAGUGGCUGGGUUAGUAAGCUCCGGGCUACUGUGCCUGUUGCGAUGGACUCGGUUUACAUCGCGCCGCCGUCAGCCCUCGACAUGGAUAUUGACAAACCAUGGUGCAUUGACACCCAGUCGGAGAAAGUAGGCUUUGGAACCGUUAAAAUCAAUGCAGAGCUGUUUAAUUCGUCUGGUCAGGUCUUGGUCAGGAUGGGGCAGGUUCGUUGUAUUGCCUACCAAGGGAACAGACAGACAGAAACCACCGAGGAACGCAGUCCUCUUCUGAGAGUUACAUGGAAGCCAGAUCUCUCUGCACUAACUAAUGCGGGCCUUGGCGAAUAUCUGAACCGGUUUGGACAGAACUGCGGCUUUAAGGAAUUGGCUGAUGAGAAUGUGCUGCGCUUGGCUGGUGCCCUGGAUUUGGCCUGUCACCAGCGGUGUAAUAGCAAUAUCCUCGAACUUGGCGAUCAAACCCGGAUAUCAGAGACUGUUCGUGGGCUUCUACGUGUCGACUCCUCUUUCCGAAGGUAUAGCACCUAUUCUCGUGGGGUCGUUGCAGACGGCGAUCUAGUCGGUGCGGAGGUUUUCUCGGAGACUGUAGGCGAGCAAAAGCUAGAUCGCUCUACAGGGAUUCCACAGGAAAGGAACUUUGAUAUAGUUCUCGUCCCCUCGGUUGAUCUCUGGACGCCGGCCCUUUCCAGCAGGCUCACACCAGGGGCAACUGUCAUCAUGAUGGGGGACGCACUGAGUGACGAUGUCACCUGGACGAAAGUUAUCAAAGCAAGUGGUUCUUUCCCUGUCACAGUCUCGACUAUAGGCGGUCUUCCUAGCAAGGGAAAGGUUGACAAGUUCCCGACAAUUGUGGUAACCCGAGAUCACAACAUAACAGACCUGGAUCGACAGCUCCAAGACGUCUUACAGGAAAAUUUAGGAUCUGUGGUCAAUAUUGUCGAAUUGUCCCAGGUCAACAUCGCGACCGUUCCGGAUCGCUCUUUUGUCAUAUCCACCCUAGAACAGCAGCAGCCUCUUCUGAGCAGGAUUGACGAGCGUGAAAUGGCACAGCUGAAAAGUAUUACCGAUCGUGUAGCCAAGAUUGUAUGGGUCGUCAAUGGCGGCUUUGUGGAUGGAGAAACCCCCGAUUUUGCGCCAAUUCUAGGAUUAUCCCGUGCGCUUAUGCUCGAACAGCCUUCUCUCCAAUUUGCGGUUCUAGAUGUGGACGAUAAAUCAGCCUCUUCUCCCGACAACCUGCACAACAUCGUGAACGUUUUAGACCGACUGAUCUAUGAACCGGAGCCGGACUUCGAAUUCUCGCAGCGAGACAGCGUCCUUCAUAUCUCUCGCUGGGAACCGGACGACUGUCUCAACGAGACCUUUCGUCUCAAGCAAAAUAAGCAAACCAUUGACCUUCCUCUAGCGAUUGCUGGGCGUUGUGAAUUAGGCAUCAAGGACCCGGGACAAAUGGACACGAUCCAUUUUGUGCAGAAGGAGUAUUCAAGCGCUUUGCAUCCAGAUGAUGUGGAAAUCAGCGUGAAGAGUGUAGGAAUGAACGCAAAGGAUUUAUAUGCCAUAAGCGCUAAGGUGGACACUAAGGAUGCAUCAUGCUCCUGUGAAUGUGCCGGUGUUGUUACCGCUGUGGGCGACAACGUUUCCGAGUUUAAGACUGGUGAUCGUGUAGUUGCAGCGGCUCCCGGCCAUUUUGCAACUGUCGAGCGCUUCCCAAGCUGGGCAGUAUGUAAAUUGAGCGAGGAGGAGGAUUUUACAACGGCCUCAACUAUUCCUGGUGUCUUUUCGACGGCUAUUUAUGGACUGAAGCACCGCGCAAAUCUACAGCCAGGAGAGACCGUGCUUAUUCAUUCCGCUGCCGGGGGCGUUGGGAUUGCAGCAAUCCAAUACGCGAAGCAUCUCGGAGCAAAGAUUUUUGCCACGGUCGGGAACGAAUCUAAAAAGGCAUUCCUCGUCGAGAAGUAUGAUUUGGAUCCAGCGCAUAUUUUUAGCUCGCGCGAUUCAUCAUUCCUCCCUGCCAUUAUGGAAGCCACUUCUGGUCAGGGGGUUGACGUGGUUUUGAACUUUCUCACCGGUGAUCUUCUACGCAGCAGCCUUCAAGCAUGUGCCGACUUUGGCCGCUUCAUAGAGAUUGGGAAACGUGAUAUCCUUGAUCAUGGCGUCCUGGACAUGUCAACGUUCGGCCGCAAUAUCUCCUUCAUGGCAUUUGACCUGUCCAGUCUAUAUCUCUCCAACAAGGAAGCUCACCAUCAACUCUGGAAAACCCUGCUUACAGAGAGUCUAGAUCUAGUGAGAUCCAAGAUCUGUGAGCCGUGUUUCCCAAUCAAGACAUUCGACGCAUCAGAUAUUACCGAUGCGUUCAGGCAUUUCUCCCUGGGCACUCGAUUGGGGAAAACAACCGUGUCAUUCCAGGAUCCAAACAUCAAGAUACGGGUGAUUCCUGCCAAGUAUGAAACCGUAUUUAGUGCCCAGAAGUGCUACCUUAUGGUCGGGUGCCUGGGCGGGCUAGGUCGCAGUCUAUCUAAGUGGAUGAUAUCUUGCGGUGCACGACGAUUCAUCUUCAUGGGUCGAUCCGGUUUUGAUAAGCCCGAGGCAAAAGAUAUAGUCGAUGAUCUACGGGCCCAAGGGGCCCACGUCACAGUGAUCCGGGGAGAUGUUUGCCGGUAUGAGGAUGUUGAACGGGCUGUGGAAGCCGCGGAUUGUCCCAUUGGUGGCGUAAUCCAGGCGGCCAUGGCACUCAGCGAGGCUCUUUGGAGUAGUAUGUCUCACAGCGCAUGGCAUACUACCAUCGGCCCUAAGGUUCAGGGCACCUGGAAUCUUCACAAUGCGUUAGGCCAGGGUCGGGACUCCCAGCUGGACUUUUUCGUCAUGACAUCUUCCAUCUCCGGGACCGUGGGCACGGCGACUGAAAGCAACUACUGCGCUGCCAACUCCUUCUUGGACGCCUUCGCCCGCUAUCGCAACCGUCUCGGGCUGCCGGCCAUCUCCAUAGGCUACGGGAUGAUUUCGGAAGUGGGAUAUUUGCACGAGCACCCGGACAUCGAGGCCCUCAUGAAGCGCAAAGGAAUCCACCCCAUCAAUGAAGACGAACUGAUCCAGAUCAUGAACAUGGCCCUUGUGAACCAAAGAGCAAGCACGUGGGACUCUCGGUACGAUCAUCUGGCGGGCAGCCACCUUCUCACCGGGGUGGAAUUCAUCGGUCUCCAUGAGCAGCGGGAACGAGGAUUUGAGGGUGACAACCAUGUAUUUGCCGAUCCUCGAGCUGCAUUGUUCACUGCGUCCUUUGCCCGCCGCGCGGCAGGCAAGAGCGAGACGCACAGCGCAGCGGCGCAUCUCCCUAAGGAGAUAGCGCGAGCGCUGCGUGAAAGCCAAGAUACGGCACCUAUUAUCGAUAGACUUCGGGCUGUUGUGUCAAAAAAGCUGUCUAAUCUCAUCCUUCUACCGGAGAGCGAACUGGAAGCAGAUCGACCUCUGGGGGAUUUUGGCUUGGAUUCUAUGCUGGCUGCCGAGUUCCGGACCUUUAUUUUCCGCACGUUCGAGGUCGAUGUACCCUUUGUCGUGCUUUUGAAAAGAAGUACCACUGUGAAUACCCUGACCGGUUUGAUUGUGCAGGGCCUGCAGGUGAGUGAUUAG